AUGGAUGAGAAUUGGCACGCAGAAAUGGCCGCUCGAGCGUGCGCUUGGUGCAAGAAGAAUAAGCGUCGCUGCGAUAAAAUUCUCCCCAGCUGCUCGCUAUGUAAAAGGAUGGGACGAGAAUGUGACUAUUCUGAUCACUCGCCCAAAGAUUCCCAGGCCAGAAUUCAAGAGUUGGAAGAACUCGUUGCUCGGCUCAUGGCGCAGAGCCGGACACCGUCAUCCACUACAAGCUACGAGUCAGCGCUGACCACCCGCACGAGUGAUGAUGCCCCUUCUCCCAAGUUCUUCCUCCGAUCAAUAUUUUUGGAUGCAGAUAUAUCAGAGUUCCUCAGUGCACCAGUCCUCGCUUCUGACGCUCCCAUUCCUAGGGAAGUAUCUGAUGUUCUCGGGUCCCGAUCUGACAUUGAUAUGAUGAUAACCCAGUAUUAUGGCAAUUUUGAUGCCUGGAUGCCCAUUAUAAAUCAAUCGAGGCUGGAAAGGCUUCUUGAUAUGGCUUCAACGGAAAUGAGAUCCGAUCUGGCGCUACUGUUACUUUCUAUGCGGCUCGUCCAGCAAGUGCCGAGCUACGAUGAUGCAGAGCGAUUGCCAAUAUACAUAGCCACUAAGCGAUUUUGCUUCGCGUUGGAGAUGGCCGGCACAUAUUCGUUGCUGAAAGUGCAAGCCGGCUUGCUGAUUGCAGUCUAUGAACUGGGUCAUGCUAUCCUUCCUGCUGCCUAUACGUCGGUUGGCGCCUGUGCCAGACAAGGAAUCUCCCUGGGCCUUCAUAAUAAGAAUGCUCCUCAGAUUCUAAAGAAGCCGCGCAAUUGGCUGGAUUGGGAAGAGCGGCAGCGGGUAUGGUGGUUUAUCAUCAUACUUGACAGGUCUGCAAGCAAUUUCGAAUUCUGGAACCUCCUACUGACUGAGUUCUUAAGAUAUGUUACAGCCGGAGGAGACAAUCGACCAUUGUGUACGGAAGAUCAACCAAACGAUGCCUUCAUUCCGGCGGAUGAGAUGGCUUGGGCCGGAGGUGAAAUGGUUCCUCCUGAGAGACUAUUUCUUUCUACCCCGACCAGUGUACCGGUCAGUCCUUUCGCACGCAUGGCACAAGCGUCUAAUUUACUCGGGCGCACGAUUAGACACUGCAAUGACGAGAAACUUGAAGCAAAGUUUGUCCUAGAAGACGUAGAGCUACUAAGCCAAACCACGACGUCACUUCUCCUUCUGUUGACCGAUAACUCAGAAAUGACAGGAGAAUUCAAUGUCGCAGCAGCACUCUGCUUGAGUUCCCUCAUGAAAAUCAGUGACUUUCACAGCUGCGACUCAUUCCCAGAGGGUAAGCAGCCUGAGGGAGACGCCAUACCAAUAUACCGCGAAUGCACUGCACGGGCACUUACCAUGCUACGGAAUACCGCUUGCCAAAUUGUACACUUUGUCGAGAUAUUGGAACAGCGCUUCUCAAAUUCGCUCGACACCAUUUCACCACUAGUACUUCACUGUAUUUAUAGAGCGUGUGCGGCGUUAGCGUGGAUGGCUUUGGAAAAGAAUGAUGGUCAAUAUUCUACAGGGAAAGAUAUAUGUGUACGCAUGCUUCGUCGAGCGAAUGUUCGAUGGAAAGCUGCAGGUGCUUAUUUGGAAAUCCUUGAGGCUUUGGAGAGGGAACUAGAACAACAUAUUUUCUGA